AUGUCAACCUCGGAGAAUUUUGAUAGGAAUAUCGAGAUGGAAUUGAUUUCAGAUUAUUUACGGUCGACUGACGGUGGACAAUCAAUUAACGAUGACGAACGAUCAGCCUACAAUGCAUCUUCCGCACAGAAAUUGAAUCUUCCUGCGUUCGUGACACCGCUGGAGGUAGAACACGUCCCCGGCAUGGAUGCUCUGUAUCCCCCAACGCCGCGUGAGUUCACCAUGCCUGCUAUGCCAGCGUCCAGCAACCCUUCUAACCCACCGCAGGACCCAUCAACCUCGGAUAUUCUUCUGAAAGAGGAAGACGAGCAAGGGAUAGGUUCUAAAACGCGCAAGGUAAGAAGGAACACUCGGGAUGCUAACGGCGACGGGACGUGUACUCUAGAGGAAUUUUGGUAUGAGGAAGGCAAGAAGUGGAAGGUCAAUCCGGGGAAGGAUGAACGUAUGGCAAAUGGAUCAAGAAAAAGAUCGAAAGGCAUGGAGGCUUUGCAAUCAGGACCAGAAUGCUACGCUUGCGGCAGCAAGCUACGGUACGAGAACCUUAUGAACAAUCGUCCUUGCGACGUGUGCGGCUGUUUUAAUUAG